CCCGUAUGAUCCUCCGCAUCCCGUUUAAUUAUCCGCUCACACCCCCCACCCCUUUUCUAGAAACCAGAUCGAAACUCUCUUCCCCUAAAUGAAUGCCUGAGUUCAGGUCUUCGCAAGCUUGACUCACUUGGAGGAAUAUCCACCCUGCCUCGAUUGUUGUCGUCUAAAGCGUGCAUGAUCAAGCGUGCCUCCGCCCUGAUCCAGACCAUAAGCACAGAAACUCCUAAGGUAAUUGCCUGAGACAGUUCAGGCUUUAUUGCGACUUUCGAGAUCCAUGUGGAUCAGCCCUGCGUCUUGUUCGCAACUAGCAGUCUGAUGCGCCGCCAAGUCUGACGAGAUAGAAAUUCCUGCCGAAUAGACUCAUCAUUACAAGCGGACAGUUUCUCGUCAUUCCGUGUGUUACUUGACCAUCAGGCGAAUUUAUGUGACUCAUCAUGAUGCUUCCAUUUGUCCAUCGACUUCGCGGAAUUAGAAGGCCCUCAGACCCCCCGGGCAAUAACAGUGGAAACGGUGGUGGUGAAUUAUCACAGGAUGAUAUGAAGAAAUCGAAUGACGAUGCAUACUAUCCGAGCUGCUACGAUGUGCUAAAGGUUAGGUACCUGCUGCAGCAUAUCUGGAAAUGGAAGAGAAACUCGGAAGAGCUGUUCCCUGUUGAGCUCGUGGACAUGAUCGUGGAUGCGGCUGAGUACUGGGCCACCAGUGAGUCUGGCCUGGAAGGAGAGACUAUCAUUCGAAAAGAUCAGGAUCAAGCGCUCUUGACAACUGUACCGCUGUGCUAUGACGUAAAUACACUGGAUUCUGAUUCUCCCCAAAUGCUUCCCCAUCGCACUGUCCACCCUUGCCGCAAGAUCAUAUUCAGUAUUUUAGCACAUGAUCAAGGGUGGGGUGGCGGUGCCCGCAAUAAGGGCCCUUACGACGGGUCUUAUACAUGGUUCGACACCCAGAUCAUUCACUCCGCUCAGAAACCGCCUCCAUGUAGUGAGGAAGCAACUCAAGGAGUGCAGCACGUCCACUUUGAAUCGGGCAAUCCCCUUCUACUUCCGAGCCCUCAUAAGCUGCAGUCAAACCGGACAGCGGACAAAAAUCCCCAACUACAUCGAAUCACUUGGCAUUAUCUUGAUGAUGUCCCCAGCGAAUCAAGCGAAGCAGAAGAUAUCGAGAAUAGCACGGGCCGUGGACGUGCAACCUUGGAUGGCAGUCAAGUUCGUUCUUUAGAGGUGGGUGAUGCAAUCCAGGUCUGGGGGAGAGCCCGGUUUGGAGGAUGGAUCAAUCAUGUCCAGCGAGUGUCGGUGCGAGUGUUCUGGGCCGUGUAAUCAAGAUGAGAUGAGAAGGUCAAUUCACUCGAGUAGCUCAUUAUGAGCAUGCGUUAGAAUCAGUUGCUGUAGGGUUCCGAGCAAGUGGUUGUAAUCAGCACGCCAGAGAAAUGUCAUCAACUUCUUGGGAUGACACCAGAGAGCAGCUAUACCUUGGAUUUUCGGUGGCCAGCCAUGCAUACAAAGCCGACUUGAAAGUAUUAUGUUUCAAGUCAUAUGGAGUAUUGUCUAACUUGAAGGCAACACUCCAGCAAGAGAGGGCAUUGCAUUCAUCUGUCAUCCAGCGCCACCAGCUUGAACGUACCCCGGAUCCCCGACGAAGGGGUCAUAGCGCUAU